UUUCCCUUUUUUUCUUUCAGACUACAACAAACGUAAAAACUGUUCUAAACCCUUUUUAAAAUCCCCAAAUCAAAACCCCCCAAAACACAGCUUUGCCUCUGGUGCAGAAUCCAUUGUGGGUUUUUAUAUUAUGCACUUGAAUCGACUCCCAUUUUGAUGUCGAUCUUGUUGAAGUUCCUUUCUUUGUCACCCCUCACUUGUUCCUGUCUGUCUCUCGCGCCUUUCCGCCUCUGCUCCCUCCCUUUUUUCUGAUUAAAGGUAGAGUUUGAACUCGGUUUGAUUAAUGGGGCUCGAUCUAACAUGUUAGAACGCAUUAGUUCGGCGAGGGAGAAUCAUAGUUUUCGGAAAAUGUCAGUUCGAGCAAAAUUAGGGAGGCAAGAGCUUUGUUUCUUGGCAUUCCUGUCGAUCGGGGCGUUGUUCAUUACGUAUAGCUUCACUACAGCUUUCAUUAAUCACCAAACAGUUUCUCCUCCGCGAAAAUUAGCUUCCGAGGAAUGGGAGGGCCGUUUGCUUGUUGAUCCGGUGACAAAGAUGCCGGAGAGGACCAAGAAGUUGGGGCAGGAGAGGUCGCCUUUUCACGUUGCUGUGACGGCUACAGAUUCCCCGUACAGCAGAUGGCAGUGCCGGAUUAUGUACUACUGGUAUAAGAAGAAGAUGGACUUGCCUGGUUCGGAGAUGGGGAAGUUCACCCGAAUUCUCCACACUGGAUUGCCCGACAACCUCAUGGACGAGAUUCCAACCUUUGUGGUUGAUCCUCUACCCGAUGGUGUUGAUAAGGGCUACGUCGUCUUGCAUCGACCAUGGGCGUUUGUGCAGUGGUUAGAAAAGGCAAAAAUUGAAGAAGAAUACAUCUUGAUGGCGGAACCGGAUCACAUUUUUCUAAAGCCGUUGCCAAACUUGUCCUACAAAGAUUAUCCUGUCGCCUUCCCCUUUUUCUACAUCAAACCGAAGAAACAUGAGAGACUCUUGAGAAAGUAUUAUCCUGAGGAGAUGGGCCCGAUUACAAACAUUGAUCCGAUUGGUAACUCCCCUGUCAUCAUCAAGAAGGAACUACUCGCGGAAAUUGCGCCUACUUGGAUGAAUAUCUCUUUGAAAAUCAAACAUGACCCGGAAACUGAUAAGGCGCUUGGAUGGGUGCAAGAAAUGUAUGCUUAUGCUGUGGCCUCGGCUCUACACAACGUGCGCCAUAUCCUUCGAAAGGACUUUAUGUUGCAGCCUCCGUGGGACAUUAGAACGACGAAUGCAUAUAUUCUUCACUUUACGUACGGCUGCGACUAUACAAUGAAGGGAAAACUUAUUUACGGACAAAGAGGCGAAUGGCGGUUUGAUAAGAGGGAUUUUCUUGAUUUCCCUCCUCCCCGGAAUCUGUCUUUGCCGCCUCCGGAAGUUCCUCAAAGUGUGGCGUCGUUGAUAAAGCUUAUAAACGAGGCGUCGUCGAACCUUCCGAACUGGGAUACGAUCGGAGAAGUUGAAGUCGGCGGCGGCAGCGGUGGCGGCGCCACCACCAACUCAUAAAAGAACACACAUUGUUUGGUAGUCUUCAACUAUAUGGAAAAUUUGACUUAUAGCACAGAGCCACAUAGGUUAAAUAUAUAUAUAUAUAUAUGUUGAUGUAGUUUGCUACAUGAGGAAGUUAUAUUAUUGAAUUGAAUAGUUAUAAUGUUUGCUACUCAAUAUUAUGGUUGUGUUUGUUUUAUAUU